AUGAUAUUCGCUAAGACCGUUUGUAGGGCUGUUUCAAAUCAUCGUCAAGACAAACGGACCCGCACUCAGCGGAACAGUCAUGCUAAUGCUGCUUGGGCACAGCAGAUACCUGCUCUUGUUGAAGCAUAUCUGCGCUGGAAACAUGAACCCGAACCCCGUUGUGCUGAUGAUCCUAGUCACCAUGCUUUCAGUGUGAGGGGAGUGGGCAUCAUGGAUUUUGCGCCUCAUUUACUCAUCCAACAACAAGAUAAUGAAGUGGCCAAUGCAGCGCUACUGCGCUGCGGUUUCCUUGGGUCCUCGCCAGUCCAGCCAACCGUUGCCAUCAAACUCGAGUGCCUGGAACUUUACCACCAAAUACGCCGCCGCCAAUCUUCGUUCGGCAUCCAAACGAUUACUAAGGUAUUGUGUGCCCUUCAUAAUGUAACGUAUUCUUCAUCAUUUCGGGCUCAAUUCUCAACAGCCUUUGACAUCUAUCUCGAAAUAUUGCGUAACAUUCGUUCACGAGUCAACCAUGCUCUUGGCAGGGAUCCAAUCAACUGGCGCAUGAACGGGGCGUGUCCGUCGUGUACAUUUGAGCAAUCAGAUGAACCGAAACUCGUCCCUCGAAGAUUGCACUCAAUGGAUGGAAAUCACUCGGCAAAGCAUAUUGAUGGUUCUGGAUCCACAGAUCCCCGUAUUUUCACGAGUGACUUCUUUAUCACAGAUGCUGCAGUAGAGCGGUUCAAGGACGAUGUUCGGAGCCGACCUACGGACCGCUCACUUAACCGGAAUGACAAUUGUACGGAGAAUUGGACAGCUGCCAGGUCGGUUGAAGAAGACAAGGUUUUGGUGUUCGAACAAACUGGUAUUUUUAUCAUGGCCUGCCGGCAUGGGUUUGUGGAGUGCGUUACUGAGAUGAAGCGUAGCGGAGAACUCGCAAAAUAUGGCCUUGCGGCUAUCAACCACAUGCUCGAUGUCUGCGGGAAAGACCAGGGGUUGGGUCAUGAUAUCGGCUGUACUUCGCGCAAAACUGUUGCCUCUAGUUCAAUUGGCGCCAAGGCUCAGGAACUCAAUCUCGUCAUUGCCGUCAAUGCGUUCCAUGGCUACGCUCAUAACCGUCGCUGUCAGCUAGCUCAUCACCCUUUGUAUCUCGAGGGUUUCGGCAUCGAAGAUCUGGAAACAUGCGAACGCAUUUUCUCAAGUUCUAACAGUGCCUGUGGGCUCAUUCGACAUGCGUCAUAUUUUCACUGGGUUCAAUAUCUCGAUCUGCAUUUCGACCAAUGGGACAAAGACAAAUAUCUUGAGUUGAGUAAUUUCUUGCGCAAUAAUUAUGCGCAAGCGCUUCGCAUGAUCGAGGAGUACACUCCUUUGCUUGAUGAAUUCAAGAUGCGCAAAUCCCUCACUGAUGACACAUUCCUUCAAUGGAGGGAAGAGGAAUCUGAAUUCCUUGCAAACCUUGCCCUCGAACCUCCAUCAGACGCCAUUGCAGUAGCAUAUGUUGAAGAGCUGGAAAAGCUCCAGCGCGCAGAAGCAACGUACGGCAAUAUGACUGGUGUGCCGUUUCUCACGUACACACCAGCCAGUUUCACACCAUCGUCGGGUCUCAAUUCCGAAGCUCGUCAGUCUUCCAGAACUGCCGAAGCCGAGCUUCUCGCUGCAUUACGACGCCUCCGCUUACAGAUGAAUGUGGUUGAAGAUUUCGAACGCCGCCAUGGAAUUAAUCGACGCUGGGAGGUGUCAGACCCUCAUUAUCAACAAGCGCAUCAGUACUCGGGCCAACGGCGCUUUGUGCGGGCGGUUGAAGAAUUAGAAGGCCUAGUGGUGCAACGCAUGUUUGAGCUGUCGAAGGCAAAUCUCUCCAGCACAGGAUACAAGAUGCGCAAAUAUAUAUCUAAAACGAUCACGCGACGAUCUGGAGCUAUCCGUACAGCACUUGAAAAGUACAACAACUUGGCGCCACUCCAAGUGCCACCCCGCCCUACCCUCGAUUACAUUGACGUCAUAGGAUAUGCAUCCCUCGGUGAAUUUGAGCUCUUGAAGUACUCCCGCCACAAUGUUAUGACGAAACCAUGGACUGUACCGGAAAACCGAGAGAUGGCGGUCAAGUUUUUCAAAGUCUUGCGCUCACAUGAAGAAAUCAUUCGGCUGAACGUGGAAAUAGGUCGCCUUGGAGCAUGGAUUCAGUUUGAGGACCAGCAGAUGUUGUCGGCAAUAGAUUCCUUGCAAGAUGAGGGCUCGAUGAUGCUGGCCGCAGAGGUGCAGAGGGAGUUUUCAGAACGACGCCGCAUCAACGAUCUCCAUCGCAUCCGUCUACAUAGCACCGCUAAACUGACUGGCUACAGUGGACCACCACCACCCUUACUACACAAGCAGGCUCUUGUUGUAGAUUUGGAUAACGAGGCCGAGGGUGAUGAUGAUGAGGAUAGCGACUUACAUGAUGAAGCUUCGAGGCUUGCAAAUGUUUUAUCACGUAUCGUGCAGCAGUAG